CUCUGAAGCUUGCGAUUGGCUGACCAAGCUCAGCCUAGCAGGCCUUAUCUCCGGCUGGUUAUUAUUUGAUGAAAGAGCCUUCCUCCUCCUCUGCUGUUGCAAAACCAUCCCGAGAGUGUUUGCUGCUGCCUGCGGUGCUUUUCUGGGGGUUACUGCAAAGCACCUGAAGGCCUCCGGCCUCCAGCCACUCAGACAGGCCUUUGGAGGAGCUUUUAAACCAGCCACGCCUGAGGCUGUCCUCCUCUGAGGCUGUCUGGGACAGCUUUGUUAAUCAACUGACUGGAAAUAAUUCCUCAGACAUCACACCAAGGACUCAGGCAGCAGUGCUCCCCCUGUUGUGUGGCCGUUCUGGACGGGAAGUUGGUAGCUGGGGGUCAACUCUUUAUGGCACAGAAGAACUUUCCCCCGAGCACAUGAUUUGGGACUUCUACGUUGUGACAUGGAUGAGUCUUCAGUGAUACGUGGCACAAUAGAUGUCUCUUGUUUGCCCAGUUCAUCAGAAUACAGCCUUGGCCGAUGCAAACACUCAAGUGAGGAUUGGGGUGACUGUGGGUUCAAACCUACCUUCUUCAGAUCUGCAACGCUGAAAUGGAAGGAGAGCCUUAUGAGCCGGAAGAGACCCUUCGUGGGCAGGUGCUGCGGUUCCUGCACGCCACAGAGCUGGGAAACUUUUUUCAACCCCAGUAUCCCCUCUCUGGGUUUGCGGAAUGUUAUUUAUAUAAAUGAAACUCAUACAAGGCACCGAGGAUGGCUGGCAAGACGACUUUCUUACAUCCUUUUUGUUCAAGAGCGAGAUGUCCACAAGGGCAUGUAUGCCACUGGUGUUACUGAAAACGUACUGAACAGCAGCAGAGUCCAAGAGGCAAUUGCUGAAGUUGCUGCUGAGUUGAACCCAGAUGGAUCUGCCCAGCAGCAGUCCAAAGCCAUCCAGAAAGUGAAGAGGAAAGCUAGGAAGAUACUGCAGGAAAUGGUUGCUACCGUCUCUCCAGGGAUGAUCAGGCUGACUGGCUGGGUGUUGCUAAAGCUCUUCAACAGCUUCUUCUGGAACAUUCAGAUUCACAAGGGUCAACUUGAGAUGGUUAAAGCUGCAACCGAGACGAAUCUGCCGCUCCUGUUUCUACCUGUGCAUAGAUCCCAUAUCGACUACCUGCUGCUCACCUUCAUUCUCUUCUGCCACAACAUCAAAGCACCAUACAUCGCCUCGGGCAAUAAUCUCAACAUCCCCAUCUUCAGUACCUUGAUUCACAAGCUUGGGGGCUUUUUCAUAAGACGGAGACUUGAUGAAACUCCAGACGGACGCAAAGACAUUCUGUACAGAGCGCUGCUUCAUGGGCAUAUAGUGGAACUCCUCCGACAGCAGCAGUUCCUGGAGAUCUUCCUGGAAGGCACCCGCUCCCGGAGUGGGAAGACCUCCUGUGCUCGGGCAGGACUGUUGUCAGUGGUAGUGGACACUCUGUCCUCCAACACCAUCCCUGACAUACUCGUCAUACCCGUGGGCAUCUCGUACGAUCGGAUAAUCGAAGGGCACUACAAUGGUGAACAGCUGGGCAAGCCCAAGAAGAACGAGAGCCUUUGGAGUGUGGCCAGAGGCGUUAUCAGAAUGCUGCGGAAGAACUAUGGGUAUGUCCGAGUGGAUUUUGCACAGCCAUUUUCCUUGAAGGAAUAUUUAGAAAGCCAGAGUCAGAAGCCUGUGUCUGCUCCCGCUUCCCUGGAGCAAGCACUGUUACCAGCCAUCCUUCCCUCAAGACCUAAUGAUGCUGCUGCUGAGGGUCAAGACAUGGAGCCCAGAAACACAGCGGAUGAAGCCUUCCGAAGAAGGCUGAUUGCAAACCUAGCGGAGCACAUUCUCUUCACUGCCAGCAAGUCCUGCGCUAUCAUGUCCACCCACAUUGUGGCCUGCCUGCUCCUCUACAGACACAGGCAGGGAAUCCACUUGUCCACAUUGGUAGAAGACUUCUUUGUGAUGAAGGAGGAAGUUCUAGCUCGUGAUUUUGACCUGGGCUUCUCUGGGAAUUCAGAAGAUGUCGUCAUGCAUGCUAUUCAGCUUCUAGGAAACUGUGUCACAAUCACCCACACUAGCAGGAAAGAUGAAUUUUUUAUUACCCCCAGCACAACUAUCCCAUCAGUCUUUGAACUCAACUUCUACAGCAAUGGGGUACUUCAUGUCUUUAUCAUGGAAGCCAUCAUAGCCUGCAGCCUUUAUGCAGUUCUGAAUAAGAGAGGCUCCGGAGGGUCUGCUGGCGGCCUUGGCAACCUGAUCAGCCAGGAGCAGCUGGUGCGAAAGGCCGCCAGCCUGUGCUAUCUUCUUUCCAAUGAAGGCACCAUUUCUCUGCCCUGCCAGACUUUUCACCAAGUUUGUCACGAGACCGUAGGGAAGUUCAUCCAGUAUGGCAUUCUUACAGUGGCCGAGCAAGAUGACCAGGAAGAUGUCAGUCCUGGCCUUGCAGAACAGCAGUGGGAUAAGAAGCUUCCAGAACCUCUGAACUGGAGAAGUGAUGAAGAAGAUGAAGACAGUGAUUUUGGUGAGGAGCAGCGAGAUUGCUAUCUGAAGGUGAGUCAGUCCAAGGAGCAUCAGCAAUUCAUCACCUUUCUUCAGAGACUUCUGGGCCCCUUGCUAGAGGCCUACAGUUCUGCUGCCAUCUUUGUUCACAACUUCAGUGGUCCAGUUCCCGAGUCUGAGUACCUGCAGAAGUUGCACAGAUACCUUAUCACCAGGACGGAAAGGAACGUUGCAGUGUAUGCCGAGAGUGCCACGUACUGUCUUGUGAAGAACGCUGUGAAAAUGUUUAAGGAUAUCGGGGUUUUCAAAGAGACCAAGCAAAAGAGAAUCUCUAUUUUAGAACUGAGCAGUACGUUCCUACCUCAGUGCAACCGGCAGAAACUCCUAGAAUAUAUUCUGAGUUUUGUGGUGCUGUAGGGAUCUCUCAGCACCGAUCUCAAGCAAGGAGCUGAGGAGUCCCUUGCAGGCUCCAGUCUGACUCCGAGUGGCAGGUGUCCUGGAGUGGCCCAGCCUGCCUUACCCCGAGGAGACUUCCAGAAAGACACGUGCCUUCUGCCCCCCGUGGACUUGUACUCCUCCCAACACAGACGCAGUGGGCUGUGCAGAACACUCGUGCCGGUGCCAUCUGCGAUUCAUGAUCACUAGGUCACUAGGUGAAAUCUCAGUAAGUUAUUUUGGAGUUUAUUAAAGAUUCACAUUUUAAGUAUGGCUGUUCAGGACUAGUUACUGUGAUGGACACAGAGGUGUAUGUAGAGCUGACCCUUGUAUAGUAGUAUGUGCUAGCGUUUCCUUUAAAAUGGCUGGGUCACCCGUUCUGUCUCCAUCCUAUUGCUGUCAGCGAGCUGUGGCUGCAUGUGAGCCUUUAUCUCAAGUGCUUGACUGAGGAGCAGCGCUGCCCUGGCUGGAGACUCAGCGUGCUUGAGUAGCUGCCGGGAGCAGACAUACUGUGUAGGUCAGGAAAGGAGAUACUGUGAAGAAAGAGCUGGCAUAGGAAGUGAGUGUGGUUGGCAAGGGUGAAGCUGCACCUGCCAGGAAAGUGGCACCGAAGCUUUGCUCUCGGGAGGAGUGCCAUUGAGCUGUAAGGAGCACAUUUUCAGAGUUCCCGCUGUCCAUACCUGCACCCUCCCUGUGCUUUGCGUGGUGGGCAUCAACUGCUCCUGAAGUACCCUUGCCAACAGCAGCUUGCUGGCUGGCAGCACAGCUAGAGAGAUUGCUGGCUGUGGCAGGCACUCUCACCCAGUGGGUGCUGCACCCCAGUCUGUGUGACUAGUUCUGAGUGGUGCAGUGUACAGCCUGUGUGGCACAGGGAGCCUGCUCAAUGGCAGGUGGUUGGAGGCAGGUGUAGGUUUAAGCUCUGAGAAGAAUCCUUGCUUCUAUAUACCCAAACUCCAUUGCCACUUAAAGGCGAAUAAUUAUGAAAAUAUUUCUGUUUUAGUGGGUAGGUGCUUUUUUGAGAUCAAGGAGCAUAUAAUUAGAUAUUUGUGGUAAUUAUGGCAGUUUCUUAAUGAUCAUGUGAUAAUACAAUUUCUAACAGUCUACAGUCCAUAUCCAUGAUUUAUAUGGAAUUAUGAAUUUUUCCGAUGAGUGUUGUAUAGAUGAUUUGAAUAUAUAAAAGUAUUAGGGAUGAAGUUUGUACUUUCUUGAACUUGAAUUUUAAACACUAAUUGUAUCCUCUGAGUGACAUGUGGGUGUUGGGGGAGGUGGGGCCCCACCUGGCAUUCCACAGUGCAUGGAAUGGCUGGUUUGGAGCUCAGAGCAAUAAUGCUGUGCUGUGGUGGCCGCCUCGCUUCCCCACUGUGCAUGUCAAAUCUGUUCCUUUGCGUCAGUUCACUGUCAAUUGUAGCGACUUUGGAGCGGAGAUGUUCACCUUUGAGCCUUCUGUAUUACUGACUAGGGUAGAAUGGCACUUCCUUGGCUGUUCUUAGGGGAUUCCCGGAGAGUCUGGUCUCCCUUGGGUGCACCUCAUCUGGGGACUCAAGCAUUUUGUUGGUCUCUCUUCUUUCUUAACCCUCUAAAUGGAAAUUGAAGGCGCCCCUCUGUCAGGUGGCCGCAGCGCCCUGGACCGACCUGUCAGAGCGUGCUGCCGCCCUGCCUGUUUCCUCUGCAUGUCACUGCUGCUCUCCAGCCCGCACAGAGAACGUCCCUGCCCCGAUGUGGUCUCCCUUUCGGUUGGUUUCUUUUAAGGGACUGCAGUUCACUUGCUGUCGCCAGACACUUAACUCACUGUGAGGAUAAGUAUGCAUGCUUUUGUAAUUAACUGGUGCUUUGAAACCUUUUUUAAGGAAGAAAAAUCUCAACCAAAGUUAUGCUCAUCCUGGCAAGCUGACCCUUGAGUUCAUUUUAGCACAACUCAUUCUUCAGUGCCUCAUUAUGAAAGGAAAAAAAAUCCACAAAAACAAACAACAACAAAAACCUGCAUCACAAUAAGGCUUCCAGGUAGCCCUGUUCCCUAAUAGAAACAUUCCCCUUGUUUUCCAGCAGUGGGUGGCUUCCUCGAAAGGUUAAACAAACUAGGUGCUUGUAUAUAAUUUAUUACAGUUUACUCUAUGGCAUUUCUGACAAACUGAAAUGCAUGCCCUUCAGGGGAAGACUGUGAGACAAGUAAAUAAAAGCCUAAUACUAAGCAAUAUGAAGCUGCACCUGCUUUUAGGUGGGGCUAAGCCAAGUAAUUCAGAGGGGGAGUGGUAUUUGCUCUCCAAAUCCUAAGGAGAAUGAAGGCAGAAACAAGUGUUAGUGACCUCAGCCAGGAAAGCAUGUCAGACCUUGGAAGUCAGUAGGGUGAGCGAUAACAGGGAAUGGAGGCAUGGACAGGCUGUUCUGUGGCCUCGUUUCCUGCAGUUCCGUAUCACAUGAGUGCUCUGAGAUGUGUGCCCGCUCUGAUACAUGGGAAUAGUAGUGCCCUCUGUGCUGAAAGUGUCUAGCACCUGGCAGUACACAACCCUCUGAGCACAGCAGCUCCCCACCUGUCUUCACCUCAGGACCUUUCUCCUCUCUGGGACACCCCGAUGCUCUCACUGCAUGCCAUGGAAAACAUUUUCAGAAACUACAUUAGCUCUUUAAGCAGACCAAUGGUCACAGUGACCCCGAAGCAGAAUUUUGCAUGCUUUUUGUAUUGUCCAUGAUGCACCAAGUGGACGAAUAUUUUUCCUCACUGGAAAGAGUAAGUAAGCACAGAAAAUUGGCUGAAACGCUUUCCUUUGAUGGAAAAUCAGCCACCUGUGACCCUGGCUUUUUUAAAACUUAAAAGUAGCAGAAUUAAUAGAAGGUUUAAUUGAGGUAAAUAAUAAAGGUUUUAAUUCAGUUCUAGAAGAAAACACUGCACAGUUGAAUGCAGAUUUUUUUGUCCAUAGAUAACUGUAGUGUUUUGAAAUGAUAAACCCUAUCUUUGAAGUUUAUAAGACUUACUAUGGGAUGUAAAUCUGUUUUUUAAAAACACUUUUUAGGGGCUUGAGAGUUGCCACCUGGCAUUUAGUUUAGUACAGCCAAUGACUGCUUCCAGAGACUCUUGGCCUUACUUCUCAGCAGCUAAAGGGCUAACUGUGGCUAUGGAAGGCGUUUGCUUCGGCAUUUGCCCAUUGUGCAGAGCAGUGUCAGGUCGUUGUAAAAAGAAUCGCUACUGUAAGACAUUACUGUAUGAUUUUGUUAGUGACACUGCCUUGGAAAUGUUGACAGAUUUUUAUGUCUGUUGGUGGUGUAUUCUGAGAAGCAUGGAGAUGGAGUUUUGUUUUAAUAAACCAGAAAAAAAACCUUCACUUAA